CAUUAACAUGUAUAGAAGGGAAUGAAAUGUGAAGAAGGACUUUGUUGAUGUCUUCUUUCAGAACUCAUUCAUUGCGAAGUGCUGUGUGACUUUUAUUUGCAGGUUUGAGGACUCUGCAGUGAAUCAAAUAAAACAUUUUCAACAAACUAAAGAAGACUCUUCAUGCUUAAUCUCCAGUGGUGGAGAUGGCCAUCAUAUAAAGGCACAAGUGGAUUUCAGUGAGAAGGCAAUGUGUGAUAAUCUGUCAGCAUAUGAAGUGUUUAGUUUGCAAGCUGUGCGAAGUAAAUCAGUAUCAUUUGAUACUGAUAUUCUGGAGAACCGUACCUCUGAAAUAUUAGAUUAUAAUAUAUCCAGUGCUCAGUUUUAUCCUGAUGCAGACUCAAAAGACCAACUUUCACAAUGUCAGCAUUGUAGCAAAGAAUUUAUCUCACUGUCAUCCUAUAAGCAGCAUUUGGAAAUCGAUCAUGUAGACUUUAAAGGUUUUAUAUGUGAAAUAUGCAAAAAAAUAUUCCUGUCAGAAGAUGAACUGGUGUCCCACAGAACAAUUCAUAGUGCAAGUGUGUGCAGAAAUUAUGAAAAAAUUACCCAUCUCUGCCACACAUGUGGCAAAACCUAUAAUACUUUGAGCAAAUUGAGAAUCCAUGAGCAGAGAGUACACCAAGACUCUGCCAGCAAACAAGUAUCUGAUAAAAAACAAAUCUGCGGAGUGUGUGGUAAGGAAUUCCAGUUUACCAAAUACCUGAGGAAACAUAUGUUGAAACAUGGCAAGAAGAAUUUUGUAUGUGAAACUUGUGGGAAACUGUUUGAAACAAAAUAUAUGUUGAAGAUGCAUCAAGAAAGCCAUUCUGAAGUUCGUCCGUACACUUGCAAAAUCUGCAGAUCAUCUUACAAAAGGAACAGAAAUCUUCUCUCUCAUGAACAGGAAGUACAUGGAAUUUUUUCUUUAGGACCAGGGAGAGAAAAAGAGUCUUCAAGCUUCCCUUGUGAUGUAUGCAAAAAGGAGUUUACUACACAGAAAAGGGUAGCCAUUCAUAUGAGGACCCAUACUGGAGAACGUCCAUUCCAUUGCAAGGAAUGUGGAAGUCGGUACACAUCACGGAGUAGUUUGUAUAUUCAUCGCAAAGCAGUGCAUGAAGGCAGAAAAUAUGUUGAAAAGGGAGUUUUCUUAUGUAGUUUUUGUAGUAAAUGUUUUGCAACGAAACAUUCUCUUGAUGUCCAUCUCCGAAUACAUUCAGGUGAAAAACCUUUUGUUUGCCAUGUUUGUAACCGUGCUUUUACUCAGCGAACAAGUCUUGUUAAUCACACUGCAACUCACACUGAUUCCAGACCCUACCCAUGUAAUCAUUGUAACAAAGCAUUUAGACGCCGAGAUACACUCAUUGUCCAUAUUCGCAUGCACACUGGGGAGAAGCCUCACAUUUGUGAUGUCUGUGGGCGUGGCUUUGUCACAUUGAGUCACAUGAAGAAACACAGGCAGAAGAUUCACAGUUCUGUUAAAUCAAGGAAACAUUAACAGAUUGAGAAGUAUUUCAAUAUGUGGCAGUAGCUACCUUCUUUGCAAAUUCCAGAAGUUCAGUGAAGUAAUAAUUGUAUGUCUAAAGAAACGAUCAUACCCAGAAUAAUGAGACAGUCUGAGAAUAUUUGUUAGUAACUCGUUUUAUGCAAAUGGGAUUAAAUAUGUUGGAUUGUUAUUGUGUUUUAAUAACAUAAUGCUACAUUUUAAAAAAAAACUAAUUUUUUUUGUAUCUUAU